AUGGCAGUCGCGGCGUUGGCCGACAGCAGAAUGGCGGCGUCGUACGGCAACCUCGAUUGCAGUAACGGCGAUCAUGAAGGUUACGGUCAACAAUGCGACAUAAGCUGGAAGCCCCGUCGGUGGCCAGCAGCCCGACGGCAGUUUCGCAGAGAUGACCACAAGCCCCGACGGCAGUGUCGCGGCGUUGACCGCCAGACCCGUCGGCAGUGUCGGGGCGUUGACCGCCAGACCCGACGGCAGUGUGCCGGCGUUAACCGGCAGCCCGACGGCAGUGUCGCGGCGUUGGCUGGCAGCCCGCCGGAAGUGUCGCGGCGUUGGCUGGCAGCCCGCCGGCAGGGUCGCGGCGUUGGCUGGCAGCCCGCCGGCAGGGUCGCGGCGUUGGCUGGCAGCCCGACGGCAGGGUCGCGGCGUUGGCUGGCAGCCCGACGGCAGGGUCGCGGCGUUGGCUGGCAGCCCGACGGCAGGGUCGCGGCGUGUGGCUGGCAGCCCCGACGGCAGGGUCGCGGCGUUGGCUGGCAGGGUCGCGGCGGUGACCGCCAGCCCCGACGGCAGGGUCGCGGCGUUGAUCGCCAGCCCCGACAGCAGGGUCGCAGCGUUGAUCGCCAGCCUCGACGGCAGGGUCGCAGCGUUGAUCGCCAGCCCCGACGGCAGGGUCGCGGCGUUGAUCACCGCAAGCCCCGACGGCAGGGUCGCGGCGUUGAUCGCCAGCCCCGACAGCAGGGUCGCGCGGAACCGUUGAUCGCCAGCCCCGACGGCAGGGUCGCGGCGCCGUUGAUCGCCAGCCCCGACGGCAGGGUCGCGGCUGUUGAUCGCCAGCCCCGACGGCAGGGUCGCGCCAUUGAUCGUCAGCCCCGACGGCAGGGUCGCGGCGUUGACCGCCAGCCCCGACGGCAGGGUCGCAGCGUUGAUCGCCAGCCACGACGGCAGGGUCGCAGCGUUGAUCGCCAGCCCCGACGGCAGGGUCGCAGCGUUGAUCGCCAGCCCCGACGGCAGGGUCGCGGCAUUGAUCGCCAGCCCCGACGGCAGGGUCGCGUGGACCACGCGCGCUUGAUCGCCAGCCCCGACGGCAGGGUCGCGGCGUUGAUCGCCAGCCCCGACCGCAGGGUCGCGGCGUUAAUCGCCAGCCCCGACGGCAGGGUCGGAGCGUUAAUCGCCAGCCCCGACGGAAGGAUCGCGCCGUUGAUCGUCAGCCCCGACGGCAGGGUCGCGGUGUUGAUCGCCAGCCCCGACGGCAGGGUCGCGCCGUUGAUCAUGAGCCUCGACGGCAGGGUCGCGCCGUUGAUCGCCACCCCGACGGCAGGGUCGCAGCGUUGA